AUGUCCACUCCCAGCGGCAAAACAAGAGCCCCUCGCACCGUCUUCGAGGAGCAGCGCGAAGAACUAGUCAGAGAAAUUGCAAAUAGCAUGGAAGAAGUCCUAGCAAACAUCAACCGGCUAAGUCGGAAUCUGGACAGCGUCAUUGCGGUGGGCAACGAGUUUGGCUCUGUGGAGGCGCUCUGGUCACAGUUUGAGAACUUCAUGGGCCGGUCGCAGGAAGAAGUCGAAGGGAACCACAGGCCGAAGGAGGAGCAUGAUGAGGGUCAGAGCGAGAUGCAUCAGUAA